AAAGCCCUUAGGAUCUUUUCCAGAGACUAAGUCCCAGCUGUAAAGACUUGAGACUUUGAGUAGUGCAGCGGAAGUUUGAGACAGUUGAACCCUUGUACUAGUAUGUGAGAACAAGAUCUUUUCCAGAGACUAAGUCCCAGCUGUAAAGACUUGAGACUUUGAGUAGUGCAGCGGAAGUUUGAGACAGUUGAACCCUUGUACUAGUAUGUGAGAACAAUUUGUUCCCACUCGCCGUUUGAUGUCAUGUCCCUCACUUAGCUAGGAGUCGGCAUUUCCUGGCUCGUUUCUCCAAAUCAGCACAGCGCGCCCAUUCGCUGCACUCACUCACCUAAUUCGCGCAUUCCCCCCGGGUCGCGCGCCGUCUAAGCUCAGGCAUUGGUCCGCUUCUCAGCUGUUGUCUCUUUCGUAUCAUCGUUUGGCGCGUUAGAUCGACGCACUAUUCCGCCCUCGCAUUCGUCCGCGCGUCGCCGCUGUCGCCAUAGCCUUCCACCGGCCUGACUAACUUAUUCGCGUUUCGCUACUUCGCGUGGCCUAGGGUGCGCCUGUCGCCGCCCGCCGACCACCCCGGUGCCUGCGCUCAGCCCGCCAUGGCCCCGCGGCCGAAGAAGAAGGCCAUCGUGCGCGCAUCCGAUCGCGCCAGCAGCGCUUCCGCGGACUCGCACUCCGCGCACUACCACAGCGAGCGCGCGCGCUGGAUGCGCGCGCUGCUGCUGAUCGGCGGGGCGGGGCUUCUCGGUUACUUCCUCGUCGCGCGCUCCGACUACUCCGCGCAAUACCACCGCGGGGGACCCAUGGGCUCAUGGCGCGGGGGCGGCGCAGGCGGAAUGGACGAGCGCUGGAUGGUCGGAGAGGACCAGUGGAGCGCGCGCGGGGGCGGAAUGGGGCGAGGGGAGGGGGGAGCAGCGGGGGGGAUGGCGCAACAGCAGCAGGUAAUACAGCAGGCACAGCAGAUGCCUCUCCCCGUGCAGCAGGGUGUGGCAGCAGGGGGCGGGGGAGGCAACAGUUGGAGCAGCGGUGCUGACAGCAGGGCCACCCCCCUCAGCCAGUCGCAGUGGGGCGCGGACCCCACCACGGCGGGAGCAGGCGCAGCAGCAGGCACAGGAGCAGGCUCAGCGGUAACCACCGCCUUUCCCGGGCCGCACCCCCACUGGGCGCCAGUAAACGGUCAAUUCCCCCUGGAGGGCGGCACGCCCCAGCGGUCGUACCUGACAGUGGACAUCUCGCGCGCGCUGCUGGCGCACGUGCACCUCGACGCCGUGCGCUUCUCCGAGGAGGCCAAGCCCAAGCCCAAGGGCGCGCCGCCCCCCCGCGCCUCCCGUGGGCCCGCGUGCCCGGACUUUGAGUUUGCGUACGAGCGGUUCCCGGGGGUGGGGUCGUGCUGGGAGGAGCCCCUGGCGGACACCAGCCGCGUGCCCACGCGCUACCCCGUCAACUGCCCCAGCCUGGACGAGAGCUGCAUCCAGGAGACGGACUUCCAGCCGCACAGCAAGUGGGCCGCGCAGGUGCUGGUGCUGCACAACGUGUACGUGAACCUGGCGGGGCAGGUGUUCAACGAGACGCACCUCUUCGACCACAACGCCUGCUCCGUCACCCUCGCCACCGCCAACUUCCGCUACGCCUCUGGCCGCACGCGCGUGCGGCGGUUCAAAGAACUCGUGUCAAUAGUUGACUGGUUCGCGUGGUCCGCCCGCGCCUACCUGCUGGAGCUCAUCCCGCUCUUCGUGUCGCUCCGAAAGGUGCUGCCAGCCAUGCGCGGCGUGCCCAUAGCGGUGGGGCACCGCCUGACGCACCGGCGGCACCAGAUGCAGCAGAUGGUGGCGCUGGGCGCGGAGGACAUCCUGGGCGUGCAGCUGGGGCGCAUGAACGUGCACGUGCUGCAGGGCUCCGACCUCUUCUUUGCUGAGAAGCUCAUCGUGCCCCUGCAUCAGCGCUGCGGCCAACCGUCUCGCGCCAUGUGGCAGUACAUCCGCAGCCGCCACUUCCUCCCCAAGAACGGCCUCCCCAUGUUCUACUCCGACUACCGCCCCACAGCAGUAGCCGACAACCCGCCCGUGAAGGACUCGUUCACUCCUCGCAACGACUGGGUGGUGCUGCUGGGGUGGAAGAACUCCCGCCUCGAGCUGCUCCAGUCGCUACGCCUCAAGGAGCAGCUCGAGGAGCUCUUCCCCGCGGAGCGCGUGAUAGUCUACCGCGAGGGCUCGCACACCAUCCCGCGCCGCAAGGACCUGCUCAACCGCGCGCACCUCCUCGUGUCCCCGCACGACAACCUCCUGGCCGACAUGGUCUUCAUGCCGCCCGGCUCCUCCGUGCUGGAGAUCCGCCCCGUGGACGACCCCGACCCCGUGUUCCACCUGCUGGCGGACGUGUGCGACAUCGAGUACUAUCUGACGUUCAGCGAGCCGGUGGGCAAGGAAAAGGGCAAGGGGAAGGCCGGGGAGGCAGUGCUAAGGGCCAGGGACCCCAAGCAGGUGGAGCGCCUGCUCAAGGAGAUUUCCAAGAAGGUUCUGGCGAAGGUGGAGCAGCUAAAGCACGUGUGAGGGAGGGGAUGGUGGCGGUGGAGGGGGGCGUGCUGCGAGACGUGGUGCCAGCAGGUGGCGCGAGCCUUGCAGGGUGGCAUGGCAUCUGCCAAGCUUGCCUGCCAGCUUGCUUUAGGCUUGCUUAUGUGUGCUUGUCACCAACAGCUUCAGGAGUCAAAACUAGUGCCAUGUGUUUAGUGCAAUAAUUCGAGGAUAGAAGACGCUGGGCCUCGGAGUGUCCAAAGUUCGUGUAAAGUGUAAAAUUAUCAUGGCUAUAGCGGUAAUGCCUGUGAAGUAAGCAAGUGAGUU